CCUUAUAUCAAUGUCUCCCCCCUUUGUUACUUCACGUAAAAGCCUUGGUCUCGAUCGACUUACCGGUGUCACAGUGUGUCCCCAGUGGAUGGAUUUCCUCUCCCAGGUGAAAACUCUAUUUCGAAUCCCUAUAUAUAUGCUUCUUCUCUUGCCGUCCCUACACUAUCCUGCUAGUUAUUCUCACCGCUUGCCAGUGCCAGAUUACCAAGGCGCCUCUUCCCGAAAAUUUGGGUAAUGUCUUCCUAUACUCCACAGACAAAUUUGUCGCUUGAGCGGUCUCGUCUCAUUGGAAUGGUGCUGGGGGGUGUAUCCUACGGGGUAUACCUUCUGCUUACAGUCCAAGCCGUGAUUGCUCUCAUGCAACGUCCCCGUAAUGGGCAGAGAAUUGCAAAUAAUCGUCAUGUGCUUCUUUGUUACACACUGAUCACGUUUGCGUUGAUGACGAUAAGCUUUGCUUGCAACACAAAAUAUACGGAGAUGAUUUGGAUAGACCUUCGUGAUGCACCUGGUGGUCCCGUCGCGCUGAUCGUGAACGUAAUGCAGUACCGUAUCAACUUUCUGGCGAUAUUGUGUGGUUACAUCUCGGAGUGCUUGAUGCAAGCCCUACUUCUUUACCGAUGUUUUGUGAUAUGGAACUGGGCGAGACACGUGAUGGUCCCCAUGAUCGCCAUCUAUAUUGGCAUGAUUGGAGCAGCCAUUUUCGUCUUGGUCCAGGCGGGUACCGGGGCCCAAUAUUACAAAAUCAACGCCACACUUGCAUUCCUCGCCUUCCAAGUGGCGCACACCAUACUUUAUACCAUUCUCGUGGCGAAAUGUUUGCUCAACGUACGAAGCCAGAUGAAGCAGGCAUUGAAUGAAUAUGAUUCUAGCACCUACGAUGCCAUCAUCCGCAUGGUCGUCGAGUCCGCCAUGGGAUUCAGUGUCUUCAUCAUAAUCUUCAUAGUUGCAUUUGCUGUGCAUUCAUACGCUCUCUCCACUAUAUGCUUCCUGUCUACAAUCCAAGUUCAGGGCAUUACACAAUUAUUCAUCAUCAUACGUGUGGCACGGGGAAGGGCAGUUACACAUGAGUGGUCGACCCGAGUUACUGCAGCACCUACGACUCUAGCAUUCGCAGGGACUAUAUCGAACACAUCAGAAGGAGCCGGAAAUAUUGUACAAGAAGCUAGGCCAGAUCAGGACAGUCUUGAGUCGUGUUCUGUUUCGGCGAAGUUGGCGGAAGCAUAAGUGUGUAUAGCGUAGCGUGCUCGAUUUAUUACUUAAGUUUAUAGAGUUGUCUUCUUCGUCUGCCCUGGACUUUUGCGAUCAGAGAGAUGUCAGUCCCACCUGUAUUCGUAGGCACGCCUUUCCAUUUUACGAUUCAGGGUUUACCCCAGCACCAAAUUCGCUGGUCGAACGGGUAAUAUUCAAGCACACUGCGACUCGCGAGUAGGAAUGCACCG